AUGAAGAUUCAGUGGGUUUGCGUGUCUCUCUUGGGGUUAGCUGUAUUGUUUGGGGAAUAUCGGGGGUCUGAAGUGAAAUUUAGCCGGCUGGAUCGCUGGGUCAAGACCGGCUUUCAGUACCUGAAGCUGAACCUGUGCCGCCGAGUGUCUUUGUUGGAGAGCGAGUGCAAACGAUUGUCUCACCUCCACCUAAGCUCCGUGGCCGUUUAUGUGUCAGAGUCCAACUCGGAAAAAGUGCUGGCUAUACUGCCCGAUUCCUACUCUUUCGAGGUCCUAGCGCCCAAACAGAACACUUAUUCCGUAGGUCCGGCCCUGGAGGAUGGGAAACGAAAUCAAAAUGUAUUCCCCGGUUCGAACACUCAUGACGCCGUGCUUGUGCUGGACCCAAGUCCCGGAGAAAGUUUCGGACACCCGGUUGUGCUUUUCUACGUGGACUUUAACGUGACCAAGAAGAGAUGUGGACACAUGGAUGGAAUAUACAUGGGUGAGGAGUGUCUGACUCUCGCUCUGAAGACACGCUGUGUGAACCAGCUGAAGCGCCAGCGUAGCCGCAGCGACCGGCUGGUGGGGCGCAGUCGCGUGCGGAGGGGGAUCUCGGGGGGGUCACGGCCAUCAAGGACGGAUCGCAGCGGGGGGGUCUGUGAGAUCCACUUCCUGCCCCUAGUGGUGGGGGUCAGAGAUGGCAACCGAACCCAACGCCUACGAUGUGUGGAUCACCCGGACUUUGCCCCGUGUCCCCUGCCCCUGCCCCUGUCGAGCCCCAGUGUGCCCCUGUCCAGCUGUGAGCUCAGCAAGAACACGCGCCGCUGCCACCAGCAGCCCCUGGCAUCACAGCUCUCCUGCCGCCUCUACCAGACCUGUGACCACGCCGUGCUCCUGUCAGGUGGUUGGCAGGAGCAGAUCACAUACCAGCGGCAUGUGCAGAACCUGCAGCUCUUUUACAAGAUGCUGCGCAAUAAUGGCUUCCAUAAGGACCACAUCAAAACCUUCUUUGCAGGGAACGGCCAGGUUGCAGCCAAGGAGACGGAGGGCGUGUACUCGGCCACGGAGAAGGAGACCAUCAGGAGCCACGUGGCCUACGUGUGCCGCAAGCAGCACUGCGCCGACACCCUGGUGCUCUACCUCAACAGCCCCACCUGGAACGACGGAACCAUGCUGCUCUGGGACAGGAACCACAACGGCAUCGCGGACCUGAAGGAGCGCUACUCUGUUGGUGAGCUGCUGUCGGACCUGGCGGGGUGUCGUGCCCAGCGCGUGCUGCUGUUCGUGGAGCAGAGCUACAGCGGCGCCCUCAGCAAGAGGCUGCGGAGCUCCAGGAAGCACCAGAACGUGGUGCUGGUCAGCGCCCUGCCCUGGGUGGAAGCGGCACAGGCUUGGGCAUCACUGCAGCCCUCACACUGCCUCAUGGACCACCUCACCAAGAGUGCUGCGAUGCCUCGUCUGAGUGAGUCGGCACAGGGCCUGCUGAACGUCACCCUGGCGGGGGCUCCGUGUAAUGCCACCCCCCCUCUCACGGAGGCCGAGAUGCGCAGGGAGUUCAUGGGCUGCCAGAACCUGCCCACAGCCCUCUGGCACAGGGGGCAACGCCGCGGCAACUAA